AUGCCUAAUUUCACCCGUCCCGAAGACUUCGAAAUUCAGGGGGGUCUUGGACGGUGCACGGUUUGCAACCCGCCUGGACACGGGCAAUGGGUCAAACUUGGGAACUUACGAAUACACGAAGACCAGCGGGUCCACAAGAACAAUGUUGAACAGAAGUUGCGGAGGGAGAGGGAGGCUCAAGCUGCUGCUCAACGUCGUAUGGCUCCCCCGUUGCUCCCUGUUACUGGCCAACUCCCCAGUCCUCAGACAGAGUUUGACGUUGAGUUUGAGUAUUCUGCACUGACAGAGUCAUCUAGCUACCAUGCAGACGUCGCACCUUUGGACAAUUCUGAGGCGGGCCAACGGACGCAACGGAUUUCCCUUGCGAUGCAGAAUGCCCUUGCCGGACGAGUUUUUUUCACAGCUGGGGAGGAGUCUUCCCUUGCUGGUGGGGACUCAGAGGUGACACUCGAAGAUGUUCUUGCUGGUGCGGGAAUCCUACGUGCAAUCAUGCGUCCGGAGGAGGAAGAGGAAGAGGAGGUUCCGGUGCACGAUGGAUAUGAGGUGUCGGAGGAUGACCCUACAGGUGAGCACUUCUUGUAA